AAGAGGAAGAAGAAAACUUAACGAAAAGAAACAAACUUAAGAGAAUGGCCGUCUUCCUCUGCUUUACGGACGCCAAAAGCAUUGGACUCAUAAAAGCGAACUCCCAUUCCUCCCUCGCCCCUUCUGUGGUCUGAUAGCGCUCCACGUAGGCGUGUGGGGGUAUCCAGUUUACCCUUUCGCGUCCCCUAAACGCCCACCUGAGCCUAGCGGAGAAGAAGAGACCCCGGUGGAUGGCGGCCAGCGGCGGCGGCGGCGGAAUCCGGCCGGAGCUCGGCGGCCGGAUUGCCCCGAGGGAGUGCGAGUCCUGCCGAUCUGUCCCCGGCAUCCCCUUCUGCCGCGUCGAGUGGUCCUUCCUCUGCACCGGCUGCGCCGCCCUCGUCCACGGCCACAACUGGAUCGUUGCCGUCCCCCCAAACCCCAACCCUAACCCCAAUUCCAACGCCUAUCCCUGCCCGUACGCCAACCCUCACCACGUCGUGCAGCUGUGGUCCGAUGAGGAGGCCCCCUCCGCCGGUGAUCCUGAUGACGGCGCCAACGGGGCGGCCGGCUCCAGCUACGGCGGGGGAAAGCGGAGGCGGCGGUCGGCCGGCUUUGCGGCGACCGGUGGGCCGGUGGCAAGCGUGAUGAGGCGCAAGGAGAAGCGGAAGAGCCGCAAGUUCGAGAAGACGGUCAGCUACGAGACCCGGAAGGUGUAUUUGGACCUGAGGCCCCGAGUCGACGGGAAGUUCACCAGGCCGGACUCCGGUGGCGACGAGGCGAGGCCGGACUCCGGCAAGGAGGCGAGGGCCGAUGCCAGUGAAGCCGGGGGAAAGGCCAGAUGCUAACGAGCAGCUGAGGUCGGAUGCGAGCGAGGUGGUGAGGUUGAAUUCGAGCGACGAGGUGGGGCUGCCGGAGGCGGGAGAAGAGGAAUUGAGGCAGUUGGAUGCUGUUGAUGAACUGAGGUUGGAGGGAUACUGAUGGCGGGUCUUGGGUUGAUCAACACUAUCUGGGCUGGUUUGUUCAACAGAAAUUUUUUCCAAGAGAGGUUAAGCGGCUUGGAGGCAGUUCCAUGUGCCUCCUCUUAAGGAGCUCCAUUGAUAUAUCUGGUGUUCUUGUAUCAUUUCAGUCAUUGCCUAGUUAAAAGACCUUCUACCCAUCAUUAAAUGCCCUCAAGCAAAAUGUCUAGCCUCUUUGCUGGAGAAUUAGCAGGUCUGUUAGCUUCUUUAUGAACUUGCCUCUAUGUAAACUGUUCGAACCUGUAUUUUUUUUUAUUAUUUUAAUUUGUUUGAGAAACAAAAUGUAAUGAGAGGGGAAAAGAAGGAAAAAUCUAAUGAAUGGAAGCCUGGCAGCAACCUAAAACUCAUGUCAACUGAUCGUAGAACUCGUAAGGCCUGGUCCUAAUAUGGAAACCUAAUUAGUGUUUCA